AUGGCCCCGCUUCUGCGAGGUACUGCGUUCAUCACCGGGGCUGCGAAAGGUAUUGGUCAAGCCACCGCCGCAGCGUUUGCACGACACGGCGUCUCCCGCCUCGCAAUCGCUGACAUCGAUAUGCAUGGGUUGGAAAAGACGAAGGAGCUCCUCCAUGCUCAGUGUCCCGAUAUCAAGGUCAUGGAGCUCCAGCUCGACGUGCGGCAUUCUGCACAGGUGGCGGGGGCACUUUCGGAGGUGAUGAAGAAAUUCGGGCGACUUGACAUCGCGGUGAACAAUGCGGGUAUUGGGGGCAGUGGGAAGCGGACUCAUGAGAUGCCAGAUGACGAAUGGCAGCAGGUUGCGGACGUCGAUCUCUUCGGAGUUUGGAGGUGUCAGAAGGAAGAGCUGGCUAUGAUGGUUGACCAAGAAGAUCUAGGGAUCCGUGAGGGACGGGGGAGAAUCAUCAAUGUCUCCUCAAUGUACGGCCUCAAAGCGACAGGGCCGCAUCUACCUUCAACCCCAUACGUUGCCUCCAAGCACGGCGUCAUUGGGCUUACACGAGCAGAUGCGAACAGCUAUGGACAUAUGAACAUUCGCAUAAACGCUGUUUGUCCGGGAUACGUGAAGACGCCGUUGCUUGACAACCUGAACAUUCCCUCUGAUUCAUAUCUAGGACGAGAUCUUGAAAGGACAGCCCUCAAGCGCUUGGGUCUGAUCGAGGAAGUGACGGACGCCAUUGUGUUCCUUGCCUCACCGAUGAGCAGCUAUAUGCAAGGCUCCGCGCUGGUGGUCGAUGGUGGGUACACUUCGCAGUGA